CUCUGCUGCCCUACAGCCAAGUCUCCUCUGCUCUGGAGGGUUCCCAUCCCCAGUGGGUGAAGUUUUGAGGAAGGACAAUGAUGAGCAAGAAGAAAUUCCCAGCUGAGGAAAACACUGGCAGAUAAUUCUGUUUGCUCCAAAGCCCUGAGAAUCUCUGAGAAGUCCCAAAGCAGAGAGCCUUUGGAAGCAGAAGAAAGUGCAGUCAAGCAGGAAAACAUUUGCUUCCUCACAUUGGAGACUGCACCACCACCAUCAAACUUUGUCCCUGAUGUAAUUGAAACAAAGAGCCAAGAACAGAAAACACAAAUCAUUUCACCUCUGCCUCCUCCACCAUCUCUUGGAAUGGCAACAAAAUUGAAAAUCUGCUGACACAGAAUCCUGCAGCACUAAGGAUAAAGCAGCCAUUGCUGGAGCAGCUCACUUGGGCAUAAAGCCUGGAGAGGUUGUGACACAAUGUCUUCUGACGGUUUUCUAAAGGAAGUUCAAGCCAUUGGUGAGAAGUUUCUCCUUAAGCUCCAGAAACUGCCCAAGGCUGAGCCAGUGGAGAUUGUCAGCUUUUCUGUGGUUCUUCUGUUUAUUGUUACUGUGCUGGUGCUCAUGAUCAUUGCCUGCAGUUGCUGCUGCUACAGCUGCUGUGGCUGUGAUGGACACCCUGACUCCAGACACAGGAAGAGCCAAGUCCGCCCAGCUGCUCAUUCAUGAGGUGACACAACCUGCUAUCAAGGACAUGCAUGGACAUUGUGAUUCAGUGCUAUGGGAAUGACUUUCCACACUAGCCCACUGAAAAUGGCAAUAACAAUAUUAAUUAACAUGACUCAAAGGACCAGAAAUCACAGCGUGGAAUUCCUUCUCUCCGUGACAGCCACCACUGUGACCAGAAAGGUAAAGCUCCUUUACCAUCACUGUCUCCCUCUUCUGGGCUGGGAUGGGGUGGGAGGGCAUGGACACAGACUGCUGAGAAAAGAGACAGCUUUCCCAAAGACAGCCCUGCAGUUGGGCCAGCUGAGGAUCCCCUCUGGGACACAGAGCCACGGAGCAAAGCAGAGGCCAUGCACACAGCCACACACGAGGCACUGCCUGCUCUCCUCACCAGAAGGAUGGUACUGGGCCUUAGCAAAACCCACUGACACCACUGGGAGGUCCAAUCACUCAAGUCAUUGUGCAUCAAAUGAUGCUUUUGUGGCCAAACCUGUUGCAGGAGACAUGUUUAGCUGAGAUAUCUGCUGAAAACAACAAAUGGUGGACCUUCUGUUCCAGAUGUGCCAGCUGAGGCUCUGAGUACAGCUGGUAACAACUGCCCCCAGUGUUAUUUCAUUGGUGAUACAAUGAUGGGAAAUUGCCAAAGAAGAAAACAGAUCAUGUGGAAUACUCUUUGUAAACAGAAAGAUGAAGGCAAAAGGGAAAAACUCACCAAUCCUACAGCUUACUUUGAUCAUUCUCUGCUCAACAUGCUCCCUCUCCAUGCCCUGUGGUUCUACUCUUCUGCUUAUUGCAGAUGAACGAUUCUUGCAGAGCCUGAGCAUCUCCUGUUCACCCAGGAGAUGAACAAAUCCCAAUCCUUAGUUGAGGAAUCUGUGUGCCAGACGUCCUGCACUGUGUGCAGUUUAUUUUAGUAGACAUGAACAUGAUGCCAGGGGUGUGUUUAUGAGCAUGCACAGAGACAUUUCAGAGGAGUGACACAUGAUGGGAGCCAUCACUUCAGGGUAUGUGUGCAGCAGCUGACAGAGGGCAGAGUGACAGAGCAGAGCCAAGAAUGGGCUGGAGUUAACAAGUGCAAAUAAAUUCCUUUUCCAUGCUGCAGCCACUGUGUGUGUUUGGUUUAUACUCCAGUGACUUUCCGAAAGAGAUUUAUGGAUGUAGAAGGCUGUGGCACAGGCCACAACUUCCACAACUGGCACAGCACAAGAAGGCCACAAUUCUACACUAACUCUGAACCAGUGGUGUUUCACCCCCAAAUGGGAGACCAGACACCUUUGUGAGAAGGUAUAAAAAAUUACAUGCAUGUAGAGAAGUUAUAUUCUGCCUCGGUAUCCCAACUAAGUGUAUGUACCAAAGCCAACAUCUAGCUAGGGAGAACAGUCAUCAAGUUUUUAACGGUGGGCUUUAAAAUACUCUUGACAGUUCAAAAGGUACAGAAAAUAAAGAAAACUCUGUAAAGAAAUGUAUUUUCUCUGUUGCCUGCACCUGUAUUAGUAAAAGGCACAUUACAUCA